AUAAGAGAAUUCAGCGCAUAUAAAAGGCGAACGAGCUACUAAUCUGCAUUAGUAUCUUUCAGAGAAAUUCUUAAUUCAUACCUGCGGGUAAUAAAAGGCAAAAGCUAAGCGAAUAAAUACAUACAUACAUUCAUACAUAUAUUACAAAUUAGUUCUUGUAUAUACUGAAAAUUGAAAAAAUGUCGAGUUUGCCAAUUCUAUUGAAUUUAAUUGACGAAUUGGACCGUGAAACUUAUAAUCCAUUCCACUACGGCAACGAUUUCGGAUUAGGUUUACAUCCGCAUCAUAUUCAUCGCCAUCAUCAUCGCCAUGAGCCAGCUGCUGUUGGCUAUACGUUGCCCUUAGGUUUAGUUAAUCGUUUGGGUGAACGAGCGCUUAGUCGGCGGGCGCAACAAAAUGAAGGGAAAUUGUGUCCAGUCGGCAAGGAUGGCUUGCAAGUCUGUAUGGAUGUAUCCCAAUUUAAGCCGAACGAGUUAGCUGUAAAAGUUCUGGACAAUAGCAUUGUUAUUGAGGGCAAGCAUGAAGAGCGAGAAGAUGAGCAUGGAUACAUUUCCCGUCAUUUCGUGCGACGGUACACGCUACCAAAGGGCUAUGACUCCGAUAAAGUAAUUUCAACAUUAUCAUCGGACGGUGUUUUAACAGUUAGCGCUCCGAAGCCACGAGAAGAAAAAUCCAAUGAGCGUGUUAUACAAAUUCAACAAACGGGCCCGGCUCAUUUGAACGUAAAACAAAAUACGGAGGAGAAGACCGGUGAUGCCAAUGGAGACGCAGAGCAGAAGUAAAUGGCUGUUGGGUAUUGGAUGCUUUUCAAAGACUUAAAUUUGGUUCAUUCCACACACAAUCUCUUAGUACUAGUAUUAUGCAUUCUUAAGAAUUUUGUACAUUUUCAUAAAAUAUUCAUUAUCUCGUAUGUAAGUACUUGUACGUAUGUACGUGGGGUGCUGUCAUUGAUAAUUUUAAUUUCUUGAUAAUUGAAUUGUUCCUUAAUUUCUAUUUUAGUCUACAAAGCAUAUUUGUGGUUGUCAUGUCAAAUAAACAAUUAAAAUAUGAUAUACAA